AUGUCCAAAUUGGCACCCGACAGAGGCUCUACAGACACUGCGAGUGCUCCGGGUCUUCACGCGCGGUUAGAUGCACUCUCGAUGCAAGAAAACACCGUUACUGGGCGUGCCUCCCCUACCACGAUCGAUUCUUCCCACCCAAAAGACUCACUCCCUGCUCACCUUUCUCACGACCCGGCCACAAAUGCAAAACAAACGAAUCCAUUCCAGUUCGGGCAGCGAUAUCUCUCGGAAUCGGACGACGUCUUCGAGUACAACGCUUGGGAUCAUGUAGUCCCUGACGAGAGUCACUGGGAAUACUGCGAGUCACAGUAUGCCGCACAGCGUGCCGCCCCCGUUUCAGAGUUCGACCAGUCGCGGUUUAAUCAACACCCAGAAAAAUGGUGGGACCUAUUCUACAAACAAAAGACAAGCACGUUCUUCAAAGAUAGAAAGUGGUUGUUCCAGGAAUUCCCGGUUCUCAAAGCAGUUACGAGCAAGGAUGCAGGCAAAAAGACGGUCUUAGAAGUCGGGGCAGGGGCAGGAAACACCGCAUUCCCGAUAUUGAGGAUGAACGAGAAUCCUGAUCUAAAGCUGUUUGCGGUGGACUUCAGCAAGAAGGCUGUUGAGACGAUGAGAGACGCCGAGGAGUAUGCGGCCUCCAACGGAGUUAUGCAGGCUGAUGUCUGGGAUGCUGCUGGCGAGGAUUUGCCUGUGGGCAUCGAAGAGGAGAGUGUUGAUCUUGUGAUCAUGAUAUUCAUCUUUUCGGCCCUUCACCCGACACAAUGGCAGCAGGCGGUGGCCAACAUCCAGCGCAUUUUGAAGCCUGGUGGGGAGGUACUGUUUCGAGACUACGGUAGAGGGGACCUUGCGCAGGUGCGGUUCAAGGCCGGUAGAUGGAUGCAAGACAAUUUCUAUGUCCGAGGUGAUGGCACCAGGGUGUAUUUCUUUGAGAAAGAAGAGCUCGAAUCGAUUUGGGGUGAUGGGUUCGAAGUGGAGGACCUGGACGUGGACCGGCGAUUGAUCGUCAAUCGACAACGCAGGAUCAAGAUGUACAGAUGUUGGAUACAGGGUCGCUUCCGCAAGCGGUAUCCAGAUAGUAAAGUAGUAGGUAGUUAA